AUAAAAAUAAAGAAUAUUAAAGAUUUAUGUGUAUAUAAUUUUUAAAUAAAUAAUUAAUAUUGUGAAUAUUGCAUAUUGUGAAUAUUUAAAUACAAAAUUGUAUUGAAAAUUUUCUUUAACAAAUCAUACAUACUCGUAGUAUUGCAACAAAACAUGUGUAUAUAAAACAAAAUAUGCUAUUUUUAUAAUAAGUGAAUAAGUAAUAAGAGUCGUGUUAAAAAUUUAGAUUGUUGCAAUUUAGAAAAUAAAUUCUUCUUGUUAUAUUUGUUUAUUUAUUUAGAAGCUGAAAUGUCUAGAUCAUCAACAGAAGGUAUACGUAAUGGUGGUGCUGAUAAUAAUGAUUCAUCUUCAUUAGAAGGUACCGAUGAUGAACCGGUAACUGGAUCUGAAAAUGCAAUAAAAAUACAUCAUCAAAUAAAUUUUUUACAAGAAAUGCAUUUAUCAUUAGAAUCUGAAUAUGAUGAAACACUUGAAGUACCAGAUUCUCUAACAAUAAUAUCAGUUGGUGGAGAUAAUCCAAUUUUAGUUGAACGUAAUCAAAAAGAUGGUAGUGGUGGUGAUGAUGAUGAUGAUGAUUUAAAUAAUAUUAAUGAUCAGAUGGAUGGUAAUGACAAUAAUAUUAAUGGUAUUGAUAAUAAUUCAAAAUAUGAAAUACCAUUUACAUCAAUUUAUGGUACACCAAUUAAAUUUACAUCAUUUUCAAGGAAAAUUUUUAUGCCAAAUUUAGAAAUUCAAGUGAAAAUUGUUGAUAAUGAAAGAAAUGCAACAACACAUUUAUUAAAUCCAAAUUUAUAUACAAUUGAAUUAACACAUGGAAAUUUUACAUGGCAAAUAAAGAAACGUUAUAAACAUUUUAGUCUAUUACAACAACAAUUACGUGUAUUUAAAGCAUCAUUAAAUUUUCCAUUUCCGACUAGAAGUCAACGUGAACGUCGUGCUACAAUUAAAAGUACAAUACAAAGAGAAGAACAAAUAUUUAAGGAAUGUACAAAUUCUACACCCUUAGCACCAUUAAGUGGAGAAUUCAAUAAUGUUAAUAGUAUUACACCAGAAUUUUUAGAAAAUGAUCGUAAUCUUAAUAGUAAUUCUAAUACAAUCGAUUCAAAUAUUAAUAGUCCGGGAAGUAGUUUAGUUAAAAAUACGACAAAAAAGUCAAAGAAAAAAUUACCUCGUUUUCCAAAUCGUCCAGAAACUUUAAUUACUGUUGAAUCAUUACCAACGAGAAUAAAACAGUUAGAAGAAUAUUUAUAUAAUUUACUAAAUAUAAGCUUAUAUCGGAAUCAUCAUGAGACAAUUAAAUUUUUAGAAGUUUCAAAUCUUUCCUUUGUUUCCGGCCUGGGAAUAAAAGGUAAGGAAGGUGCAAUUUUAAAAAGAACAGGAUCGACUCGUCCUGGUCAAGUUGGCUGUAAUUGUUUUGGUUGUUUUCAUGGAAGAUGUUGUGUUCGUUGUAAUUAUUUUUGUUCAGACGUUUUAUGUGGUAAAUGGAGAAAUCGUUGGUUAUUUGUUAAAGAAACUUGUUUUGGUUAUUUGAGGCCAAGUGAUGGUGAAAUAAGAUGUGUUGUUCUAUUUGACCAAGGAUUUGAUGUUUCAACGGGUAUUUAUCAAACUGGUAUGCGACGUGGAUUACAAAUUUUAACAUAUAAUCGACAUUUGGUAUUAAAAUGUUGGACAAGAAGAAAAGCAAAAGAUUGGCUUUCAUAUUUAAAAUUAAUGUCUAAUACUCAUGCCAAAGAUUUUACACAUCCGAAUCCUUACAAUUCAUUCGCACCACAAAGAUCAUACAUUAAAGCUCGUUGGUUUGUUGAUGGUUCUAAUUAUAUGAGAACUGUAGCUGAUGCAAUGGAACUAGCAACUGAAGAAAUUUAUAUUGCCGAUUGGUGGUUAAGUCCCGAAAUUUAUAUGAAACGACCAAUAAUUGAUGGUGAUUAUUGGAGAUUAGAUAGAAUAUUACAUAGAAAAGCAAGUCAAGGAGUUCGAGUAUUCGUUUUGUUAUAUAAAGAAGUUGAAGCUGCUUUAGGAAUUAAUAGUUAUUAUAGUAAACAAAAAUUACAUAUGACCCAUGAAAAUAUUAAAGUUAUACGACAUCCAGAUCAUGCUAGAGCUGGUGUUUUAUUAUGGGCACAUCACGAAAAGAUUGUAGUUGUUGAUCAAACUUACGCUUUUGUUGGUGGCAUCGAUUUAUGUUAUGGUAGAUGGGAUGAUCAUAGACAUCGAUUAACUGAUAUGGGUAGUAUAACAACUUCAAGUAUAAAAAAGAGUAAAGACAACAAAUAUUUUGAUGAUGCCGAUUCAGCAAUAAGUUCGCAACGCUCAAGAAAUGUUACUAUCGAUUUUCAAGAUUAUGAAUCACAACAAAACUUACCACAAUUAUCUCCAGGUGAACAUUUGUAUAUGCCAUCUGCAUAUGGAAAUGAAGAUGCAAAAUUAGCUGAGAAUAUAAAACAGGACACACCUGAAAUGGAGAGGAAAAAAUAUUUAGAAAAAUUUAAAGAUAAUAUGAUCGAUAAUAUGAAAAAGGGAAAAGAAAAAAUGUCCAUGAAAAUUGGUAAUAAAAGUCCUGCCGUCUCACCAUCUAAUGAUACGAAAAGUUUAUUUUUUUCAAGUCAUGAAAUUGAAAUGGCAAAACGUGGAGGCGUUGAAGAUCCAACUCCACAUCAGACAAAGGUGGCUUCAGAAUAUUUUGGUGAAGCAAAAUAUUGGUUCGGAAAAGACUAUGCAAAUUUUAUAAUGAAAGAUUUUGCGUGUUUAGAAGCCCCGUAUCAAGAUCUUGUCGAUAGAACCACAACACCAAGGAUGCCAUGGCAUGAUAUUGGUAUGAUGGUUAUAGGAGAAUCUGCACGUGAUGUUGCACGUCAUUUUAUACAGCGAUGGAAUGCAGCCAAAUUAGAAAAAAACCGAGCCAAUCAAUCAUUUCCAUAUUUAAUGCCAAAGUCUUACAAUGAUAUUAGAUACAAUGAAAAGUUUUUAUCAUCUAUGUCCUUAGAAACAGUAACAUGUCAGGUGCUUAGAAGUGUAGAAAGUUGGAGUUGCGGUUUUAUUGAAAAUGAUUUAGUUGAACAGAGUAUACAUGACGCUUAUGUUGAAACAAUAACAAGAGCACAACAUUACAUUUAUAUUGAAAAUCAAUUUUUUAUUACUUUACAAAUGAGUAAUGGAAAUUUAGGUGUUCGAAAUCAAAUUGGUGAAACAUUAUUUAAAAGAAUAGUUAGAGCUCAUAACGAACGUAAAGUAUUUAGAGUUUUUGUAAUAAUGCCAUUACUGCCUGGAUUUGAAGGUGAUAUUGGUGGUGCUAGUGGUAAUGCUUUGAGAGCUAUUACGCAUUGGAAUUACGCAUCAAUUAGCAGGGGUAAAAAUUCGAUUUUAUAUCGUCUUAAAGAAGCUGGUAUUAAAAAUCCUGAAGAAUAUAUAACAUUUCAUAGUUUAAGAACACAUGCUGUCUUAAAUGAUACUCCUAUCACUGAAUUAAUAUAUGUUCAUUCCAAAUUAUUGAUUGCUGAUGAUCGUGUUGUUAUUUGUGGUUCAGCUAAUAUAAAUGAUCGUUCAUUAAUUGGAUCUAGAGAUUCUGAAAUUGCAGUUAUAAUAACUGAUAUAAUGUUUGAAGAUGGACGAAUGAAUGGUGAACCACAUCCAAGUGGUUUAUUUGCUGGUCGAUUACGUAAAUAUUUAUUUUCGGAGCAUUUAGGUAUGUUAGAACCAGGGCCAAAUAAAAUUAAAUUCGAUAUUGUUGAUCCUAUUAUUGAUACGUUCUGGAAUGGAAUAUGGAAAAGAACAUCAUUAAGAAAUACCAUUAUAUAUGAUGAAGCAUUUAAAUGUAUACCAACUGAUAAUGUUAAAACAUUUGAUGAUUUACAAAAAUAUUUAAAUGAACCGCCAUUAAUUGAAACAGAUUUUGAUUAUACUGUAAAACGUAUAGCAGAUAUUCAGGGAUUUUUAGUUCAUUUACCAUUAGAUUUUCUAAAUUUAGAGAAAUUAACACCGCCAAGUAUAAGUAAAGAAGGUCUUAUGCCAAAUUACUUAUGGACGUAAAAAUCAAACAAAAAAAAAAUGUUCAUAAUUUUAAAAUUAUAUUAUACAAUAAUUUUUUUUUUUAUUAAAAAUGUGCCUCUUUUUUAUUAUAAUUAUGCUUAAGUAUAAGAAUGUUGUAAACGCAUUACCAAGUAUAGGUUGUUUUUGUUGUAACUAAUAGUAGAUUGAUUUUAAGUCAAUUACAGUAUUUAAAUUAUACAAUACUUAAAAUUAUUUUUUAAUUGUUUUUUUUUUAGCAUUAAGGUAUUAAACUAAAUUUAUACAAUUUUUUAAUCAAUUUUUUUCCUUUUUAUAUUUAAUAUAUACAAAAUGUAAUAUCGAUAGAAU